AUGAGUCGCCUUGAUCUAUCAUCGAGCGAGUCGUCCUAUGGCGGCGACCCAGGGUACUCCGCCAAUUCCUUGGGCGCUCCGCAGCCGCCCCCAACCAAGACUGUCGUGGAUGGCUAUCCAGGAACCUUCGACUCCCAGAAUGCUGAGACUUCGCGGUAUAAUCCGCUGAAUACAAUGCACCCGCAGAGCUCUGCAUUGAAUACCAAUGAUCCCGUCGCCAUGUAUCUGUUGACAGAGACCGCCAUAGGGGAUAGCAAGGACUACGAGAUCUUGUCGUUAGAGGAAGUGGAGGGUUUGAAGAAAGAAUACAAAUUCCUAUCGGGUCGCCUGGAUGCCGCUAAGCGUAAAUUGGCCCUCGAAACGAAACUCCGCGAUGCGGCCAUGUCACUCAGCAAAUUAUACAACCCCAAGAGCCCCCGGGUCAGCGAUGAGUAUAAUGCAGGAGGCUCGCCCGGUUCCAACCACAGUCAGAAAAUAAGUCCGGGGAACACUGGUGCUACCGGCCCAAUGGAUAAAACAGAUGGCGAGCUGGCCGUGAUUAUGCGAAAGUGUGAGGACCUGUCACAGGAAAUUUGGAACUUGGAGCGUAGGGUCCAACUGGUCCAGAAGAGACUGCUGGAGCACACGGCGGGGAUCUUGCAGGUGACCCAUAAAGGGUUGAAGAAGAACAUGAACAACAAUAUCCCUCACACCCCCGAAAGCCUGUCAAGCCACAAUACCCGCGACAGUGUGGAUGAAUUUGACGAUCGAAGCCUCUACAAACCAUCCGCUCAUGUCCAUGAACCGGGUGGGCAGGGAACACGUAGAGUGGGCGCCACAAAUGGCUCUGAGCAGAUGGCCAUUGGUCUGGAUGCCCUUCACAAUGUGGAGAGAAGAUUAGAGGAGCUAAGUGAAAGGAUGCGCACCAUGAUCCUGGAAUCCGACCCAAAUAGUGAUCUCAACUAUAUCCCACAACUAUCCAACAGCGGUGGCCCGGUUAGCCCCACGGCAAUGGCUGAAGCACACCUGGCAUACAUCGAAGAUGGGCUGGGCGUACUUGAAGCCCAGCCUGCUGGUGCAUCGCGUUCCCAGGAUGUGGAUUACGAGACGGAGCAGAAAUUAAGAGAAAUCAACGCCCAACUCCACCACAUUGUCAGCCAAUCGGGCUUAUCGCGAGCACAACCACUGCCCCCUCCUCCGCAAUCUUCGAGUGCUAAUCUCUCAGAACAACUGUCGUACCUGGGUCUCGGAGUGGAUAACCUUCAACAGCGGGUGGAGGGUUUUUUGGAACAAAAGAGCAUCCUAACCACCCAAAUUCAACAGCAGAGAGAGCUGAACUCCAAGUCAGACGCGCAAAGGGAUGCUCACAUCGCCGAUCUGAUCGAGCAGUUGGCGCAUGUCAAGAAGGACCUCGAACUAUCAGAACGUGAAGCCGUACAGUCGAGAGAUCAGCUCCACCUUGCCAUGGAGCAGCUGGAGAAUGGGCACCGGGAUCUGCCGGGCCAGCAACUACGAAAUGUCCCGGAGGACCAUUCUUCCGCUCUCGAGUCCGAGAAGGAGGCUCGCACGCUCGCUGAAGCGGAGAUUGCCCACUUGCGGAAUGUCAUGCAAGAGCUUCAGCAUGAAAAAGAUGCUCAAGCGGACGCUCACGAAGCUCGGCUCAGGGCGGAGGCGGAGGUUGCACGCCUCCACAAUGUCAUGCAGGAGCUUCAACACGAGAAGGAAGCUCAGGCGGAUUCCCACGAAGCACGCCUCCGUGCGGAGGCUGAGAUUGCGCGUUUGCAGAAAACCAUGCAUGAUCUCCAGCAGGAAAAGGAAGCCCAAGCGGAUGCUCACGAAGCGCGUCUUCGCGCCGAGGACGAAGUUACUCGCUUGGAAGCCCACAUUAAACAGCUGCACUCUGGAUCCAAUGCGCACACAGAAGAAUUGAAUGCAGUCCGGUCAGAGGCUGAUAGUGAAAUGGUGCGCUUGCAGAGUGUGAUCGAUCAACUUCGUCGAGAAGCAGAUGCCAAGGCGGAGGAAGCGGAGGAAGCACGCGAGCGUGCCGAGCAGCGAAUUUCGCAGUUGGAGGAUACAAUGCAACAGGUGCGCAGCGAAGCUGAUGCACGGGUCGAAGAAGCCGUGGACAAGCGGGCGCAGGCCGAAAAAGAAAUCGAGCGACUGGAAGCAUCAAUGAACCAACUUCGCGUCGACAUCGAGUCCCAGCUGCAGGAGGCAACCCAGGGCCGUACUCAUGCUGAGGAGAAUGCUAAACGUUUGCAGGGAGAGCUAACUGAGCUCGAAGGCGAAAUCGUCAGGGUUCAGACAGAGCUUACCAUGGCCAAGGCUGAACUCGACGGUGCUUACGGUAGCCGCGCUCAACGUGCGGCAGACAUCGCCUCCAACCCAGCCAUCCAGAAGGAGUUCGAUGAGUUACACACUAGGAACAUUGAACUGGCGGAGGAGCUUGCGAGUUUAAAGGCCGGCAGGCCUGGGAGCGGCGACCUUCAGCACCGGGUCGAGAUGCUGGAGAAGGAGCUCCGAGAAACGGUUGACGACUACGAAGUCAUGACUAGGGCUAGCAUCGAGUUCGAGAAAGAGCGGGAACGAUUCGAAGGUCACAUCGAUAGCCUCCGUGAUCGUUGCGAGCAGCUAGAGACGCAGCUCAACGAAGAGCGGAUCAACUGGAUGGGCCACAAUGCGUCGAUGGGACGAGAUGGCACGUAUGAAACCACUUCCACGAUGGUACUGAAGAACGAAUUUAAGAAGAUGAUGCGGGAUACUCGGGUUGAGAAUAUGAAGAUCCUCAAGGGGGAGCAAGAGGAACGACGCAGACUUGAGACUCUGGUCCGAAAUCUCAAAAAGGAGCAAGCAAAUGCCAAUGGCAAGCUCGUUAGCCAGAGUGUCACGGCUUUAUGA